AUGGCGACCGGCUUCGAAGCUCUCGGUGCUGCCAGUGCCAUUCUUCAGGUUAUCCAAGUGGCAGCUUCACUCAUCUCCAACUGCAAGAAAGUCUAUGAUGGGAAACCAACGAUCGAUAAUGAUUUGGAGCUAUACGCUGGGCGGAUGUCUGACGCCACAAGCUCCAUACAAACGCGGUGUAAGGCCAUGGCCGAAGCCCGGCCCUCCAAGUAUAACGAGAGGCUCGAUACUCUGGCCAGGGAGUGCCUUAGUGUUGCAAACGAGCUUAAGGCAGAAGUCCGCUCUGUGACAACGAUGCAGAAGAAGGGCAGCCUUUUCAGGGCCGUAAAUGCGGUCCUCAAAGCCUCAACCCAACGGAAGAAGAUUGAAGGCUUGGAAAGUACCCUCUCCCGUUGCAGAGCUGUAAUGGAAACGGAGAUGAUGUCGCAUCUUUGUUCACAAGCCGAUGCAAUCGAGCUACAGCAGAAAGAAGAGUUUAAGGAAUUAGCAGACGACGUACAACUGCUUGUUGCGCAGAUAUCUCGCGGUCAUACCAAAGUAGAAGAGCUUGUCAAGAAAGAGAAUGAUUGGACUCGCGAAGUUGUGGUCCAAGAAUCGGGAAAGACUCAAAAAGCCGUUACAGAACACAUUACGAAGGAGGUGGGGGCACUGAGUAUCGAUGCAGAACUCAAGGCUCAGCGCGAAACGUUGCUCAAAAGUCUCAAGUUCCCAGAGAUGAAUCAGAGAUACAAUGACCUGAUGAGCUCUAAGCGAGCCAAUUUCAGGCGUUUAUUCGCCUCUUAUACGGCAGUAACAAGCAGAAAGGAUGACUCAAAGGACAUCCAACUGAGUGACGAUUCCAGCUUUGAAGAUGAAGCCCGCAGAAAGGAUGAGAUUGAUGACGCUUGGGGAGAUUUCGUGAAGUGGCUGUGCUCAGACAACUCAUUGUUCUGCAUUCGUGGAAAGCCAGGCUCAGGGAAAAGUACGUUGGUCAAGUUCAUUGUGGAUAACGAAAACACGAAAGAAUUGCUUCGCCAAUGGAACCCGGAGGCUGCCAUUAUAUCGCACUUUUUCUGGAAGAUCGGAUCUAACCCCCAGAACAGUAUCAAAGGAUUUCUGUGCUCCUUGGUCUUCCGCAGCCUGGACGAAAGUCCCGAAACAGUGGAGCAGAUACUGGAUCAAUUGCCAGCUUUGUCUUCCAAAGUCUCAUAUCAUGACUGGUCGGACGACGAGCUGAAGUCCGUCUUCUAUUUUAUCCUCAAGAACGACUCCCGGCAGCUAUGCAUCUUCGUGGACGGGCUCGAUGAGAUCUCUAACACCGACGGUCUCUACGCGUUGAUAAAGUUGAUUGAGGAAAUUUCCAAGUUUCCGAAUGUCAAAAUGUGUGUUUCCAGCCGACCAGAAACGCUAGUUACCAAUUGGCUGACGAAGCAAAACGUACCCGGGAUCCUACUUGAGGACCUCACAAGACCCGAAAUGCGCGGGUUUGUGCAGGGGGAACUUAAGCCCUUUGUCCCUGACAAUAUAUCCGAGGAUACUCAUUCCCGACUUGUCCAUGACCUUGUCUUCAAGGCUCAAGGUGUCUUCCUAUGGCUUCACCUGGCAACAAGAAGUAUUGUAACGGGAAUACAAAACGGGGAUUCGCGUGAUUUGCUUCUUGCCCGCCUGAAGGAAUUACCCGGCGAGCUCAAGGACUUGUACGCCGAUAUGUGGCAGCGACUCAAUGAGAAUAGCCCUGUCUACCGAGAGACAGCAGCAAGGUUCUUCAACUAUGCCCUUGACCAAAAAGGAGUAGUUCCCAUGUUUCCGGAAGUUGGAUUUCCAUCUGGUUUUCCAGAAAUCUGGCAGGCCACGCUGUUCCAAAUAGCAUGUGCAGAAAGUUCUGAAACCCAAGACUUCCUUCUCAGAGAGGGAAAGACUCUGAACGCUUCCGAGGUCAUCGCCCUGUGCAAUAAAACUACGGCCGCUAUACAUACUCGAUGCGCUGGGCUUUUACGAGUGACUCCGGUAUCGAUGAAUGAGACAAUUCAGCACGUUGGUGAUGCAACUGGCGUCGACGUUCCUCAAGCCUCUAAAGAAAUCGAGAAGGCGUUGUUCGGUGGGGUUAAUUUCAUCCAUCGCACAGCUCAUGAUUUUUUGACAGACACCGAAAUUGGUCAAGGUAUACUCCUAUACGGCGCAUUAUCCCAGAGAGAGAUGGAAUUUAGGUUGGUCAAAGGCUUGCUCUGUCUCUUUCACUUCCUCAACUCCGAAUUUGGACUGAUGGGGCGUUCUGGUACGCUGAUCAACCGGGCUAUCCUCUUAGCUAAAGAUCAGGAUCAGAAGGGAAUGGACGAGGCUGCUGACUUACUGCGCCUUAUCAAGACUCAAUACGACAAGGGCGCGAUCGGGACCGACCGGCCAUCCUGGCAGCGGCAACCUCCAUUCCUUAGCCACCUGACAGACUUCAACCACAUGGACGAUUUCGUCAUAUCAAGCCUGAAAAAGGCAGACUCCAGGGAGCUGGCCACUGCCGUUCUACGUGAGGCAUGGGAUCCAGAUCAGUCUCUGUACUAUAGCAGGAACAGAAUGCCGACGGUGAAGCUUGUCCAGGCAUUGCUUUCAAUGGGCGCAGACCCGCAUGCCUAUGAUGUAAACCUCGAUCAGGGAAUGGGACGGAUGGAGCCUUUCGCAAGGGAGGGUUCGGCCUUCACAAACCUGCUCUUGUCUGGAAACAGGUCGAUUGACGAUGGAGACCACCUUGGAGGCGAGGCUGCACGCUACCUUCUGAUGGCAGCAGUAAGCAUGGCCUUUACAUGCCCAGACUUGAACGGCACUACCCUUGUGAUCGGACGGUUCAAGGAAAACGGGCAAACGUCCAUAUUGAAUGGAACGUGGUUGCCCCAGCUGGGCGGUUUUAUACGUCCAACGUCACCUGGCAUCAUCUACGAGGUAGAUUUCAAAUUUCUACUCCUACAUCUGCUUUCGGGGCUGGCUGUAGAUAUUGAUGAGGCCAGCCGAGGCACCUCACGGGUCGAUGAACUCCUACCAAGGCUCGAAAAUCCCUCUGCCGUCAUACGGUUCAUCGUGACCAUUGACAAAGAGUCAAAGGAGAAGAUAGCUCAUAAGAUUGCCCCGCAACUCUCUUCAACAGCGGAGGCGAAUGAUCUUAUCGAGCGCCAGUUUGCACCAGGAACAGGGGUUCAUUCAAAACGAAAACAGGCGCCAGAGGGAGCUCACGCGGCCUACGAAUAUCUGAUGAGUCUCACCAAGAAUGCAAGCACGGAAAGAGUGGGCUUCGAGGCUGCGAUCCGAGAACUUGCCGGGCGAGGGUUAGGUUUUUGCACGCUUCUGAAGGCCGGUAGUAUCCCCACACCGUCAUUUAUAGAACAUCUGGAGGAGCAUUUCGCGGAGUUUCCGUUGACGAUAGAAGAGCUCAAGGCUGCAGCAUCUUCGUGUGAGAGCCAGAGUAAGGAAUAG